AUGGAACCAAACGCUUCUCCUCACCAGGACACUUUUCGGAUGCAACCUGCCACAAACAACCCAGCUAGCAGUAGCACCAACAACACCACCACUGGUAGAACAGCUGCUCCUGCUACAACUACUACUACAACAAACAAUGCUGGUGGUGGCGGUGGUGGUGGUGGUGGAGUGAACCACGAUGAUUGUAUUUUUUUAUCACCUACGCUUGCAGACAUUCUCAGUGAUGAUCGUAUUCUUCGAUUCUAUCAAUGCGUCAAGGAUAUCAAAACACAACGAUCACCAAUGCAAACAGCAGCCAUGUUCUUUGCCUUGUGUCACGCUCUAGGGGACAAUGUCACAUUCCUCAAGCUGCCCCAUAUGCCCAAAGUCAUGUUUCGACAAGAGCAACAAGUGUAUGCAGUUAAUGUUGGUGGCACACAACAAGACAUGUUUUCAGCAGCAGCAGCAGCAGCAGCACCACCCACACCAUCCCACAGCAACGAUUCAUUUACGUUUCCUCAUCAUCCACAUCAUCCUUCUACAGUUGAAUCAAAUCUCUUUUCAGCCGCUGCUGCUGCUGCUGCGGCUGCUGCUGCUGCUGCCGGUGCAGAAGGAUCACCGCAUCAAUUGCUUCAAGCGGCAUUAGCCUCGGUAUCAUCACCGGCUACAACAGCCGAAAACAGCAGCGGCGUGAAACGAAAAGGACAUGGUGAUAAGGAACCAGUGAAACGUGCUAAAAAAGCGAGUCCACGAGAUAAGGAGUACAGUGUUCGACGAAACGAGAUUAUACAAGAUUUACUCAAAGUGUCCGAGGCCGAUCUUUUUCACCAAGCCAAUAUGGUGGAGGAUGAUGUCAAGAUGAUUAUCCAGGAGCAAGAGCAAAACACAAAGUACGCACAGAUGUCCCCCUUGCAUCGAUUUGCCACUUUUGCGAAUCUGCCCGCUCAUUAUGAUUGCGACUUUGCGCCCAAGAACGCUGGUGUUUAUUUCAACUAUGAAUAUUUUCAACUUUUCCUUGCCUACCGUGAUCUGGAAGCGGAACGAAAACGACAACAAGAAGAUACCAACAACAAUGAUCCCCGCCCUGUCAUGGUCCAAUGCCGUGCUGAUAUUGAAAAGGUGCUUGUCAAUACCAAUUGGGAAGCGAUUCGUCGACGAUUGACAAUUGGUGAACGCAUUUUCCAAGUAUGUGGUAUCUUGGGUCGUGGCUUUCUACUUCUCAGCAAGCAAGUGUCUGGUCGCAAAUUGCUCCACAACUUCAAUACCGGUGAAUGGACCGAAUUCAUGCGUGAAUUCCAACGCCCCGAGAAUCAGACUCUUUUACAAACAUUACAAACGAAAUACGACCCUAAACGCUUGUAUGCUGCAACACCAUCAGUAACACAUCAUCCUGUUAUACAUCAAGCACCAGCAGCAACAUCGACACCCAUGGGCGUAGUUUCAUCAUCUUCAUCUUCUUCCGAACAACAACAACAACAACAGGCAGCAUCAUCCUCAUCAACACCAACCCCCUCCUCCUCUUCACAGCAACAACAGCAACAAUCAACAAGCCCAAUGAUCCAUCCCAAUAAUAGUGAUGCAUAA